GGAUCCUGCCUGUCCGGUUCCUUCCUCCCCCGUAGGCCCUCGAGAGAUCACUGUGCCCUGAAUGAAUGAGGUCAGGUGUGAGUGAUUCGAACCCUUCCCGCCCUGGUCCGAGGGAGCCUGCAGGGUGGGCUGUGUCGCAGUGAGGCACCCGACCCGUCCAGGAGGAAGGAACUGCUCCACGUGGGCUCCCUGGGACCCUUCCGGGGACAGCAGCUGUUCCACAGGUGAUGACUGCCCACCUGCUCGGUGCUGGAGAUCAAGGUAGAGAGACAGGCAGAGGGGCAGAGUGCUGCCAGGCCCCGCCUCCCGACCGAGAGCAGACCCUGCCCUGGGCCCUCCCCCAUGCCUCCUCCAUCCUCCCUGUGCAAAGCCUCUGCCUACAACUCCCACGCUGGGAAGCCCGGGAAAGAGAUCCCACGUGUUCCCAUCCUGCCCGGUGUGAAAGCCCAUACCAGCCAGCGCUGUGAAUUACCGCGGACGGACAGGCCCUGGGAUGGGCACUUCCCAGAACUCCGGCUGUGAGCCUGCCCGGCUUUUCUUUGGCGCUCAGCUCUUAGAAAUCCCUUGGGGCAGCACCUCCCAGCACAGCGUGGGCGGAUUUGUGUUCUAGUUGUCCAGCUUCUUCCGGGAAUUGGCAAACUCCUUUUCACAGCCCUGCCCCUCACACCCUGCCUGGAGCCUUCAUGGGUGUUCACACACUCUGCUGCUGCCUGGGUCAAGGAAGGCAUUACUCAGGUCUAAAUAUUUUGAUCCAAAAAAAAAAAUCCCCACACCCACUGCCCAAGAAAUGGGCCUCGUUUCCCUUUCUUCGUCCUGAACCGCAGCCAGCAGGUCCUGAGGACGCUGGGCCGGAGAAGACGGUGACCGUGCGCCCCGUCAGUCCCUGCCAAGCUGGGAGCCACCCCUGCCAACAGCACCUUCUCAUCCGGGCCAGGAGAAGAUGAUGUGCGAGGUGAUGCCGACCAUCAGUGAAGCAGAAGGCCCCCCAGGAGGAAGUGGGAGCCAUGGGUCCAGCUCCCCUUCACAGCCAGAUGCAGAUUCACACUUUGAACAGUUGAUGGUCUCCAUGCUGGAAGAGAGGGACCGUCUCCUUGACACUCUGAGAGAGACCCAAGAAACGCUGGCCUUAACCCAGGGGAAGUUACACGAGGUUGGUCACGAAAGAGAUUCCUUGCAGAGGCAGCUCAAUACUGCGCUUCCACAGAAAUUUAUUUCUCAUAGUACUGGAGGCUGGGAAGUCCCAAGAUCAAGGUGCCGGCAGCUUCCAUGUUUGGAGUUUGCAGCACUUACUAAAGAACUAAAUGUAUGCAGGGAACAGCUCCUCGAAAGAGAAGAAGAAAUUGCUGAACUGAAAGCGGAAAGGAACAACACCAGGCUGCUGCUGGAACAUCUGGAGUGCCUGGUCUCGCGGCACGAGCGGUCCCUCAGGAUGACGGUGGUGAAGCGGCAGGCGCAGUCCCCGGCAGGCGUGUCCAGCGAGGUGGAAGUGCUUAAAGCACUGAAGUCGUUAUUCGAGCACCACAAAGCCCUGGAUGAGAAGGUGAGAGAACGGUUACGAGUAGCACUUGAAAGGUGUAGUUUGUUAGAAGAAGAAUUAGGUGCCACACAUAAAGAGCUAAUGAUUCUUAAAGAACAGAAUAACCAGAAAAAGACACUAACGGACGGGGUGCUUGACAUAAACCACGAGCAAGAGAACACGCCGAGCGCGAACGGAAAGAGAUCUUCUGAUGGUUCUCUAAGCCACGAGGAAGACCUGGCUAAAGUGAUUGAGCUCCAGGAAGUCAUAGACAAGCAGUCAAGGGAGCAGAGCCAGAUGAAGGAGCGCCUGGCCGCCCUGUCCAGUCACGUGACGGAGCUGGAGGAAGAUCUGGACACGGCCAGGAAAGACCUCAUCAAAUCUGAGGAAGUGAACACAAAGUUGCAACGGGAUGUCCGUGAAGCCAUGGCCCAGAAGGAAGACAUGGAAGAGAGAGUCACUACUCUCGAGAAACGCUACCUCGCAGCACAGCGUGAAGCCACCUCUGUGCACGACCUCAACGAUAAACUGGAAAAUGAAAUUGCAAAUAAGGAGUCUAUGCAUCGACAGACUGAGGAUAAAAACCGCCAGUUGCAAGAGCGCCUGGAGCUGGCGGAGCAGAAGCUGCAGCAGACCCUGCGGAGAGCGGAGACCCUCCCCGAGGUGGAGGCGGAGCUGGCCCAGCGGGUGGCCGCGCUCUCCAAGGCCGAGGAGAGACACGGCAACAUCGAGGAGAGGCUGCGCCAGAUGGAGGCCCAGUUGGAGGAGAAGCACCAGGAGCUGCAGCGGGCAAGGCAGAGAGAAAAAAUGAACGAAGAACACAAUAAACGUUUAUCAGACACUGUUGACAAGCUGCUUUCAGAAUCCAACGAGCGGCUUCAGCUUCAUCUUAAAGAGAGAAUGGCAGCUCUGGAAGACAAGAAUUCCCUCCUACGAGAAGUUGAAAAUGCAAAAAAGCAAUUAGAAGAAAUGCAACAUGAUAAGGAUCAGCUCGUACUAACCCUGGAAGCCUUGAGAGCUGAACUGGACCAGACGGGGCUGAGAGGGGCUCCCCUACACCACAGCCGACCCCACUUGGGCAGCGUCCCAGAUUUCAGGUUCCCCGUGGCAGACGGGCCCUCGGACUCCUUCAGCAGCAGCGCGGUGUUGCGACGCCCGCAGAAAGGCCGGCUGGCAGCGCUGCGCGACGAGCCUUCCAAGGUGCAGACCCUGGACGAGCAGGACUGGGAGCGCGCGCGGCAGGCCAGCGUGCUGGCUCACGUGGCGCAGGCGUUCGAGAGCGGCGCGGACGUGCCUGACGGCGCCGGCGACGGGGACACGCUUUUCAGCUCGGCCACUCUGCUGUCGCCCAGCGGGCAGGCCGAUGCCCAGACCCUGGCCAUGAUGCUUCAGGAGCAGCUGGACGCCAUCAACAAAGAGAUCCGGUUGAUACAAGAAGAAAAGGAGAACACGGAGCAGCGGGCGGAGGAGAUUGAGAGCAGGGUGGGCAGUGGGAGCUUAGACAGCCUUGGUCGUUUUCGAUCAGUGAGCUCCAUCCCCCCGUACCCUGCUUCCUCUCGGGCCAGCUCUUCCCCUCCCAGCAGCGGGCGGCCCACCCCUCGAAGGGCCCCACACAGCCCGGCAAGGGAAGUGGACAGACUAGGCGUCAUGACUCUGCUGCCGGCUUCCCGAGACGAGGUACGAGACGACAAGACGACCAUCAAAUGUGAAACCUCACCCCCCUCGUCCCCACGAUCCCUUCGGCUGGACCGGCUGCACACAGGGGCGCUGCACACAGCCAGCCACGAGGACAUCAGGGACGCACGCAACUCGACAGGCUCGCAGGACGGCCCCGCGAGCAACCCCAGCAGUAGCAGCAGCAGCCAGGACUCGCUGCACAAAGCCCCCAAGAAGAAGGGCAUCAAGUCCUCUAUCGGCCGCUUGUUCGGCAAGAAAGAGAAGGGCCGGCCUGGGGCCCUGGGCAAGGAGUCGCUGGGACAAGCUGUUAUUUCAGAGACAGAAAACUCAUCUCAAGAUGCCUUGGGACUCAGCAAAUUGGGAGGACAGGCUGAAAAAAAUCGUAAACUUCAAAAAAAGCACGAGUUGCUUGAAGAAGCCCGGAGACAAGGCUUACCCUUUGCACAGUGGGACGGGCCAACCGUUGUCGUCUGGCUGGAGCUCUGGGUCGGGAUGCCGGCCUGGUACGUGGCUGCUUGCCGAGCCAACGUGAAGAGCGGGGCCAUCAUGUCCGCCCUGUCGGACACGGAGAUCCAGCGCGAGAUCGGCAUCAGCAACCCUCUGCACCGGCUGAAGCUGAGGCUGGCGAUUCAGGAGAUCAUGUCCCUGACAAGUCCGUCAGCCCCUCCUACGUCAAGAACGCAGACACUGGCGUACGGGGACAUGAACCACGAGUGGAUCGGCAACGAGUGGCUGCCCAGCCUGGGCCUCCCGCAGUACCGCAGCUACUUCAUGGAGUGCCUCGUGGACGCGCGGAUGCUCGACCACUUGACCAAGAAAGACCUUCGCGGGCAGCUGAAAAUGGUCGAUAGUUUUCACAGAAACAGUUUCCAGUGUGGAAUUAUGUGCCUGCGAAGGUUAAAUUAUGACCGGAAAGAACUGGAAAGAAAAAGAGAAGAAAGCCAGAAUGAACUGAAAGAUGUGCUUGUUUGGAGCAACGAUCGAGUGAUUCGCUGGAUCCUCUCCAUCGGUCUCAAGGAAUACGCAAACAACCUCGUAGAGAGCGGUGUGCACGGCGCCCUUCUGGCCUUAGACGAAACCUUCGACUUCAACGCGCUGGCCCUCUUGUUACAGAUCCCCACGCAGAACACACAGGCUCGUGCUGUCUUGGAAAGAGAGUUUAACAACCUUUUGGUCAUGGGGACUGACAGAAGGUUUGAUGAAGAUGAUGAUAAAAGCUUUAGGAGAGCACCUUCUUGGAGAAAAAAAUUUAGACCAAAGGAUGUUCGUGGCUUAGCUGCUGGGUCAGCAGAGACUCUCCCCGCAAAUUUCCGGGUCCCGUCCUCUCUGUCCUCGCCCUCUGUGCAGCCAAAGAAGAUGCAGCUGGACGGCAGCGUGGCGGGAGCGCAGAGGCUGGACUCCGCUGCAGUCAGGACUUACUCCUGCUGAGCCAACGCCGUUUACCCACACUACUUCUACAGAUGAUUAUGCAGCAUUUUGAAUCCAGCGAAGACUACAUUUUGAGCUCAACGGAAUCUUUAAUCUGUUAAUACUUGUUAUAUGGACCCUAAGAUAUUUUAUUACAGAGUUUUUAAUUAGUGAAAAAUUCAUGAAUACCAUAGAGAAAAUAUUUUAGAAUUUAAUGUUUCUUAUAUUUAUGUAAACUUAUGACUUCAUUUAUAUAGUUACUUACUUUUUCAUGUAUAUCCAGGCUAUAAAUAUCCUUUCAGAUCAAUUCAUGUUCUUAUAUCUGAUUUUAGUCUUUCAAAGGAAUGUACUGUAAUGCUUGUAUGUAUAAAUCCUAUGAACAAAUAUAGGGCUUUUGUAAAUUAUGCAUUUAUUGUAAUUAUUCUUGUUUAAUUUUUUAAUGAUAAACCAUGACAGAGCAGAGGAUUUUACCGCGUUUGUAAAAUCAUGACACAGUGUGCAUUACCCUUUACAAAAUGUAACCUAGCCCUACAACAAUCAUUUUGAAAGAAGCCAACUUACUUUCAAGCAAUUGUUGUUGUAUUUUAAUGACUGACCUUAGCUAUCCUUUUUCUAGCAAGAAAUGCUUUACUCUGUAGCGUGAAGAGAUUAAAAAUACGGGGUGUUAAAGAGCAGCUUCUAAUCAAAUUUGGACUGAAGGGAUCAUUAGAACGCUCUGAAAAUCCCUUCGGACCGGUGGUGAGCUCUCCCGUAGCCUGGCCUCUGUGGAUCCGGACACCUCGUCUUGGGUGGCUGGCAGAAGCCGCGAGCUGGGGGAAGAGCGACUCCGGUGGGGGGGGUGGGGCCUGGGCCCCCGCGGCCCGCCGCGCCCGCCCCCUUCCCCGCCCCCUUCCCGUCCCCCUCCUGGGAAGCCGGGUCAAGGGCGCCGACUCUUAGAGGACCAAUCACGAAGCACUGCACUCGCUGAGGAGACACUGGCGCACGCGGAAGGUGAAGGCACUGAGAUGCUGAGAAUAAUGUAGUGCGGCUCUAAUCAAGGCCUUAUUUUUCUGAUGUAAAUCAUCCUUUUACAUUUGUCUGUAAACAUGUUUAAAGAAUGGACCUAGCCGUACAUUUUUAGAUUUUGACGAUAUAGCCAUUUUGGAUUGCAUAAGUAGCAAAUGUAACUUCUACUUUUUAAUGGCAUAUUAAAAAGCCAGCAGGAGACGUGUUCAGAUCAUGGCACAUUAGUUAUUACGCAGCUGCUGUACCGGCGGACAGAGAUGGCGUGGCUUUUUACAUUCGGGCUCUGCCUUUAAUUUACUUGUACAGUUCGCUGUUACCGUUCUGUUUUUCUAUUCAUCUUUUGUGAACUUCCCGAUUAUGUAACAAAGUAUGUACAGUCUACUUUUGAACUAUUUUUAUCACAGUAUUAUUUAUUGCUUUCUUUCAAUAAAGUACUGAAGCAGAAUUUUCCACUGCCAA